AUGUCAACACCAAACUCUAACGUUUGGAUGGAAGAAUGCUCGAGAAUCUACUUGCACAAAGACAAUGUGUUGCAACCGGCAUUCAGAGAGAAUCACACUGGUAAUCUGUGUACUGGCCAGUUUGGAGGUCAACAACAGCAUGAAUGUCUUUUUCAACCACGUAUCGAUAUCGAUCAAAUUGCACCGGGUGCCAAGACAGCGUUGAUCGCACGACUCACUACUGUGCGUGGACGUUGUGGAGAAUGGGCCAAUACAUUUACACUAUUUUGUCGUGCACUUGGCUACAGAGCCCGAUAUAUUCUCGAUAUGACCGAUCACGUUUGGACAGAGAUUUGGAGUGACUCUGAAAAUCGAUGGAUCCACUGCGACAGUUGUGAACCUGCCUAUGAUAAACCACUCACCUAUGAAUCUGGAUGGGGAAAGAAAUUAACUUAUGUAUUUGCAUUCGAAGUUGAUGGAAUAUUCGAUGUUUCAAGAAGAUAUACAACACAGAUAAAUCAAAUGCUACAGAGAAGAGGAAUGGUUGAAGAAGAUUGGUUGAGAAUCUAUUUGGAACAGUUGAAUCAGAGAAUGAGAGCUGCAUAUGCACCAGAGAGAAAAGAACAUUUGAUAAAGAGAGAACAAGCAGAGAAGAAAGAGUUGGAAAACAGUCAGAACAGAUCGGUUAGUAACGAUCUUCUACCAAGACAAUCUGGUUCAGAUGAUUGGAAAUCACAAAGAGGUGAAACAGGUUUAGGAUUAACCAACUCAUCUAAACGUUUACAUGUACAGAAAUCAGUUGAAAGAGCAUCUCCACCAACUAUUAGUACUGUUUUGUAUAAUUAUGAAUUACUUACUCGUUCCAAAUUGAACUUGAUUGGAAAUUGUAAGAUUUUGUCAGAUAGAAUCGAGUUGACACCGAGACAGAAUGACCAAGUCGGUGCAUUCUGGGUAAAAGAUAAACUAAAGGUGACCGAUGGAUUUGUAGUGAGAAUCAAAUUUAUCAAUGAAAUGGGUGGUGCCGACGGUAUGGCAUUUGUAUUACACAAUCAUAGUGCCGACGUCAUUGGAAAGCGUGGCAGUGGGCUGGGUUACGAUGGCAUUGAAAACUCGUUGGCAGUGGAAUUCGACUCAUAUUCCUCGGUCGAUAGUUGUGCCGAUCCCAAUGGCAAUCACAUCUCUAUCCACUGCAAUGGCGAGCGAAAGAACAGUAGUCAUCAUCAACACUCGUUGGCUCACGCAAUGCCAGUGGACAAUGUGCCAAUCAACGACGGUCGUAUUCACCAUGCAGCGAUCACCUACAACGCCAACAGCAAAACCAUGUCAGUUUGGUACGACUCAUUCAAUAUCCUAACCGAUGUCUCAGUGGAUUUAGAUACGCUCUUAGACCUACCAAAUGGUGAAGCGUGGAUAGGAAUGACUGCAUCCACAGGUGGACUUUGUCAAUCUCAUCAUAUUUUAUCAUUUGAAUUUGGUUUACUUUAA